GGAAAGGAUAUGACGCAGUCCGACAGUCCGAGCGAGAAAGGAAGAAUAAUUUUUUAUUUUAUAUCGCCACAGCAGAAAAUCGUACAAACAUACACAUACACCCGCGCGCCAUGGCAACAGCACCACGAGUAUACCAGUUUCCACAAUUGUUCAGACGGCUCAGCAAUCAAAAACAACAAUUCACAAAACACUUUAUCGAUUUACGGGAAUCCAAAUCGUACCGUCUAGAGAAUCAAACGGCUUUGGUCCCCGGUUUAAAAAUGUUGCGCGAACUGCGCGAUGAUGGAUUCAAAAUGCGAUCGCUCGUAAUAACAGCAGAAAAAGAGCCGCAUGACGAAUCGGCAAUUAAGCAUCCAGCCAUCGACGUGCUGAAGAAUCCUGAUGCGUUCCCAGCAAAACGCUACUUUGUAUGUGAUGUGGAUCUCACUCGGCGCAUUCUCGGUACGGCGUCGCGACCCGGUCGUCACGAGAUCUUUGCAGAGUUGGAAUUAAAACCACAGAGAGUGCCGGACAGUGCCGAUCGGCUGUUGGUGUUCGAUCACGUCAAUGAUCCUGGCAACCUGGGAAAUCUAGUACGAACGGGCAUGGCGCUCGGCUGGGACGCAGGGCUGAUCACAACAGGCACGUGUGAUAUGUAUAAUGACAAGACGAUUCGGGCAUCGCGCGGAUUAACGCUCAAGUGGCCUCACAAGCUUGUGCCGGUACCUGAUCUUGUUGAGUAUUUGCGAUCGCGCAACAUGACACCCGUCGUAGCAGAUAUGAUGCCUUCUACGUCGUCUCAAACAGGAAGCAGCAGAGCAGACGAUGUGUGGACGCCUCCAGGCUCGAAUAUCUGUUUUUGGAACUUUCAAGGCAAGACACAGACUUUACCACAACGGCCAGCCCUGAUCCUCAGCUCAGAGCAUCGCGGUGUCAAAGGGCUGGAUGACGAGCUACGAGUAUCGGUGCCGAUGGCUCGAGGGAUAGAGUCGCUCAAUGUCAGCUCAGCUGGCAGCAUGCUGAUGCAUGAACUAGACCGAUUGCUGCUACCUUCCAAGAAAGGACAGCAGUAGCGCACAAGCAUCACCAUUCUGAUAAUAACAAUAAAAGUAUACUUGCUCACGUAAUAUGUACCAAGGGUGUACGGGUCAAUGUUGG